UAGACGAUAAAAUAAAUCCUUGAACAAUCUAUUUUAAUACUUUGAGCUUUUUUUUUUAUAGAUAUAUUGAAAUCACCUUUCUUUAACUGAAAAACUAUUUUGAUUUUUUACUUGGCUAUCUCUUUGAAACUGCAAAAUCAUUGGAAAAAAAGCUAAAAAAAGAGUUUUUUACUUUGGCUACUCUCCCAUUAGGGAUGCCCUUACAUUGUAUUACUGGGUAGAGCAGGAGGGUUUGUGUUCGUUGUUUUGGAUAUUGGUUGAUAAUGGUUUCUUUGGUGUUUAAGAACAACAUGUGUUAAGAUGUUUGUUGAUUUUUCCAAGCAUUAAGAUUCCCGUUCAUGUCUUGAGUUUUUUAUUUGCACGGGCAGGCUAAGCAAAAGCAAAAGGGUGCUCGGCGAAUGACCCUCCCCGGCGUAGAAGGGCAAGAGGGAGGACAGUGGAUUGUCAUUAACUCCGGUAAGUUGAUAGUUCAUGUUCUUGAUGAGGAGGCUCGAGCAGACUACGAUUUGGAAAGUCUUUGGACCUCAGAAACAUCUAAAGAGGAGCCAGUUCGGGUAAAAGUUGUGUCUGAAAAAAUGGUGCUUUCUUGGCAGAAGCGUGUGCUCUUAUUGCGGUCUUCUUUUCUAUUGCUUUAAUCAACACCAACUUGUGAAGGCGAGAGUGAGAGAGUUGACAAAGGAGGUUGCACGGUAGCAUCAAGGCUCGUUGCUCGAAAGGAAAAAAUAGACAAUAUGUGCGCGCGCGCGCGCGCCAGCAGCAGCAACCAACCAACCAAGGGAACCCUUGUUGGAAAAGUUUGUUGGGAUAUCGAUGUCGUUUUUGAAGACUUGUUACAAACAAAUGGGGGUUUGGAAUUGAUCUCUGUGGCAUAAAAAUUGCAGCACAAAUGUUACAAUUUUCCAUGUUUUUGUUUUUCUUGAGUGGUAGCUUGUGAUUUCUAUGCUAGCUUUGUAAAUUCUGACAUGGUGUUUGUUGUGGACUGAAAAUGUUGAUAUUGAUUUAUGCUCCAAUUUUUCUCUGCAAAACUAAUUGCGGAGAAAUGAAUAUUAAA